GUGGCUCAGAGGAUGUUAGAGGCGCGCCGGGCGACCGCCGAGCAGACGCCCCGGCUUCCAGCCGCGAGCUCCGGUCUCCCGCCAUGGCCCCCGCUCCGCCCCCCGCUUCCUUCUCACCGGUCGAGGUCCAGCGGCGCCUGGCGACCGGCGCCUGCUGGGUCCGCUGCGGGGCUCGCCUCUACGACCUCACUGACUUCGUGCGGCACCACCCGGGGGGCGAGCAGCUGCUGCGGGCACGGGCUGGCCAGGAUGUCAGCGCCGACCUGGAUGGGCCGCCGCACCGGCACUCGGCCAACGCGCGCCGCUGGCUCGAGCAGUACUACGUGGGCGAGCUGCAAGGAGACCCUCAGGGUUCCAUGGAGAAUGGGGCUGUAGCCUCUGCGAACACUCAGAAGACAGACCCUGUGUUGGAGCCGAAGUUCAAAGUGGUGGACUGGGACAAGGACUUGGUAGAUUGGCAGAAGCCCCUGCUGUGGCAGGUAGGCCACCUGGGAGAGAAGUACGAUGAGUGGGUCCACCAGCCAGUGAUCAGGCCCAUCCGCCUCUUCCACUCAGACUUCAUUGAGUCCCUCACCAAGACUGUCUGGUACAAUGUCCCCAUCAUCUGGAUGCCCCUGAUGCUGUACCUCAGUUGGUCCUACUACCAAACCCUCGCCCAGGGCAACGUUCGACUCUUCACAUCCUUCACCACAGAGUACUCAGUGGCCGUGCCUGAGUCCACGUUCCCGGGCCUCUUCAUACUGGGGGUGUUCCUCUGGAGCCUGGCAGAGUAUAUCCUCCACCGCUUCCUGUUUCACAUGAAGCCGCCCAGCAACAGCUAUUACCUCAUCACGCUGCACUUCAUCUUGCAUGGCCAGCACCACAAGGCACCCUUUGAUGAGUCCCGCCUGGUCUUUCCUCCUGUGCCAGCUUCUCUGUUCAUUGUCCUCUUCUAUGCAUUCUUACGGCUCCUCCUGCCCGAGGCGGUGGCAGGCUCUGUGUUUGCGGGAGGCCUCCUGGGCUACGUCAUCUACGACGUGACCCACUACUACUUGCACUUCGGCUCACCACACAAGGGCUCCUACCUGUACAACAUGAAGGCCUACCACGUCAAGCAUCACUUCACACACCAGAAGUCAGGAUUUGGCAUCAGUACUAAAUUGUGGGAUUACUUAUUCCACACCCUUUCACCAGAAGAGCCCCACCCGAAGACGCAGUGACAACUCCCAGCCCCGCCCUCCCGGCCCCUGCCCUCCCCACCCAGCCAGACCCUGCACAGCUUGGCCUGGCCAGGCAGGAGCAGCUUUGUCCUGCCCUCUGGCUCAGUGGAGGGUGCUGGCAAGACUCUGAAGACUGAGGCUGGCCCUGUGACUGUCUGCCUGACCCACCACAGGAGGGUCACAUCCACUUGGUGGCCAAAUGCCUCUCGGGGACGGGCUCCUUCCCAGAGCCUCCUGGCCCCUCCGCUGGCAUCCCUGCCUAGAACCUAGCCCACAGGACUGCUUAGGACUCAGCCAGGCCCUUGGCUUUUAAAGCUCCGGAGGCCAGAACUUCUGGCCAGCUCAGUCUAGGUGAAAGUCAGCCAGCGGGGACUUUGCCAGGGGGAAUGAAGGAAACUGACCCCUGGCGCUAGGCCUGAGCACCCCCAGGAGCUGCCCCCCCACAGCGCAGCUGCCUGGGGAGGAUUUGGUGGCUCCAGAAACACUAAGGCGGAUGAAGGGCUCUCAUGAGAAGAGACAGCAUGAUGCCUUCUACAGGCCACCCCCAGAUCCUAGGGCAGCACCUUUGCCCCCUGCCAAACAGGCUGUGGCCUACCCAGCAUCCACACACCCAGCCCUCACCUGCCUGGGCCCGUGGGCUAAAGUGGCUGGCGCUGGCCUGAAGGCUGGUGGGAGCCCAGGCUUUUCUUCAGGAACUGCCAGCUCUAGCCAUCUCUCUUCUGCCUCCAGAAUCAUAAAGCUUUUCCCCAAGGGCUACAGAGACCUCUCCAUGGGCGGGAGUCCCACCCUGUUCCCAGCUGUUCUUGGCCCUCACCUGGCAUAGCUGGGCCCCUGGCCCCACACUCAGGACCCUCCCAGUCAGUGCCUCCUGAAGCGGAGAAGGAGCCUCCACGUGGUGCCUUAUCUCCCUCUCCCUUUGCUUCCUGGCCACCCCCCAGCAGGUGACGUUCCUGCCCCUUCUUCCUCAUAACCAAAACCCUCACUGCUCUUAAGAGGGUCUUAUUUAUAAACUCCACGAAUGCCCUUAGUCUGACCCCAGACCAAGUAGCUGCUCAGACUGCCUUAACUAAUCCUACGUGUCGAGCUUAUAUAAAAAAGUUUUGUCCUAUUUUGUUCCUUUCUUACCCACAAACUGUUACUACUUGAAACUUAAAAAAAAACUCGAAGAGUGUAAAGGCUAAAGAGAAGCAUUUUGACUGUUCCUGUGAUUUGUACUGUUUACUGCAGACUUAUUUAAAGAUUUUGGAAUAAAUAUACAAACUACAGUUG